CAGUUGUGAUUCUAAUAUUUGUUAUAGAUCUAUUCCUUGAGAACGUUUAUGGGAGCAAAAUGGUAUAUAGUUGGACGGUACAUGUUUUUAUUCUUAUUUUGUUUUUAGUGUUUGCACAUGGAAAUCCUAGAAAUAACAGUUGCCUGAAACGGUAUUGUAGCUGUAGUCGCAGAAACUCAAAAACUAGAUGCUUUUCAUUAACAUAUAUUCCAAAUAUUCCAGAAUAUUCACAGACGUUAGAACUGACAAAUAACAAGUUUUCAAACAUAAAUGUGACUCUGUUUGGAAACGUGUCAGGUAAUCAUAUCAAAAUUCUUAUUUUUAGGAAUAAUUCGAUUAAAAAUAUCACUUCCGAUGCUUUUGUGACAUUAAAUCAUUUGGAAAGACUACAAAUAUCGAAUGAAAAGAAUUUGGACAUUUCUGGAAUAUCUAAGUCAUUUAACAGCUUAAACAAAUCCCUGAUCAAUGUUUUGCGAUUUGAAGGAAAUAAUUGGAAUAUGUUACCAACCAAUAUGUUUGAUCCUUUGACAGGGUCAAAUUUGUCCAGAAUAUCACUGAACGGUAACAAUUUGGCAAGUAUUGAUACCGCAGUUUUUCGACCAUUCUACAGAGUUCGAAAAGUAUAUUGUCGAAAAAGUAAAGUAGUUAAUAUAAUAAUUGAUGAAAUUGGAUUUCGGACUGUAGAGCAUCUAGACCUGACAUCUAACAACAUAAACAGUGUUCCGAAAUUUUGCAAUGGAGAAAAAAGUCUUGCACCUAGACUACGAGCUCUAACACUAAACGACAAUGCUCUCAGAUUUCUUGAACCCGUUUCGUUCAAAUGCUUAUACCGUUUAGAAGAACUGCUUUUAGAUAGUAAUCGAUUUACAUCAUUAGGGAAUAAUGUUUUCACUUAUUUAACAAAUUUAAAACGACUCACAAUCAAUACGGCUAAUAGGAUAACCCGUUUAAGUCCUUUGGUAUUCAACAGUAGUUCGCUACAGAAACUGCAGUUUGCUCAAAAUGGAUUCAUCUUUGAUAAAUGUAAGCAUGGUGUUGCAUGUGAACGUUAUGACGUGGACACAAUAUUUCGGUUUCUACCAAAGCUCGUUGAUCUUGACCUUACGAAAAACUUUUUACCCGAUGAUACGGAAUUUUUACUUCGAAUGUUUUCUCCUUUGGUCAAGUUACAAAAGCUUAAUUUACAUUCAGCAUCUUUAGAUAAAUUGCCCGACAAUCUUUUCCAGAAAAUGCCUUAUCUAGAAAUUUUAAUUUUAAGUGGAAAUAAAUUAGCAAAGUGGAAUCAAAAUACAUUUGCAAACGUUACAUCUUUGCGAGCUUUACAUAUACAGGGAAAUAACAUCAACCUAAUAAAUAAGACCACCUUCCCGCUUAAUUUGUUACUAUCCUUAGAAAAACUAGAUUUGACCAGCAAUCCAUUUUGGUGUACUUGUGAUCUGAUGUGGUUUUUGGAUACAAUUCGGAAAACUAACUUGUCAAAAACUCUUACUAAGUGGCCGUCACGUUACGCCUGUUCAUACCCGAAUGAGUUGAAAUAUAGAUGGUUAACAAAUUAUAGGCCAACUGUUGAAAGCUGUACUCUAUGGGAUCCGACCGACACAAUAAUUGCUUUUGUGUUUUUUGGUGUUCUUUUGGUGGUUAUUUUGGUUACCAUAAUAUUAAAAUGCCAAACUAAUAUCCGAAAUAUCUUAUAUCUGAUUCGUCUUCAUAGGCAUAAAAGACGAAACUGCUCGUCGGACUUACCAGCUGAAUACGAAUUUGAUGCUUUUAUAGUGUAUUGUGACUCUGAUCGGCAUUGGGUACAUGGAGAACUUUUAAAACGACUAGAAGAAGUUAAUUUGAGGAUUUGUGUGCAUUAUAGAGAUUUUGAACCUGGCCAGCCAAUAACUAGCAAUAUCGAAAAAUUUAUGGAUAAAAGUUGGAAAAUAAUAGUUGUCAUGUCAAAUAACUUUGCUAAGAGUGAAUGGUGUCAGUGGGAAGUAUGUUUAGUCCAGGAAAGGAGGCGUCGUAAGGGUAAAAAUGCAAUGGUUCUUAUAAUGCGUCAGCAAAUUGAUUCAAAACACAUGACAAGUCCUCUUCGAACACUUCUUUAUACAACACCUUAUCUCAAAUGCAAAAACGGAUUUGGACAAAAUAUAUUCUGGAAGGCUGUGAUUCAUGGUAUCAAGAAGACAUAUAGUGAUCCACCUAUGGCGAUAUCAUACAUUUGAUCUAAGCUUAUAACCGAAAGACAGAGAUGUUACUACAAGAAUGACUUAUACAUUCUAAAUGUACCUUAACAGAUUUUUCCUUCAUUUAUAUUAUAUACUGAUUGUUUUGUUUGUUUUAUAAAAGGAAAAGUUUCGCAACUU